AUGAAGUCAGUGAUGAGAAACCAUUCAAUAGUAACUAUGUUCAUCAUAAUGGGAUUGACAAAUGACCCACACCUAGAGAUUCUGGUUUUUACCUUUUUGUUUAUCACAUAUACAUUUAGUGUAAUUGGGAAUCUCACCAUAAUUUCUCUCAUCUUGGUAGAUUCUCACUUAAAAACAGCUAUGUAUUUUUUUCUUCAAAAUUUCUCUUUCUUAGAAAUCUCACUCACAACAGCCUGUGUCCCCACAUACCUGUACAUCAUAUCAAGUGGGAACAAAACCAUUAGCAUCAAAGCCUGCUUCAGCCAAGUAUUUUUUAUCAUUCUCUUUGGAGCUACAGAAUUUUUUCUGUUGACUGUGAUGUCCUAUGACCGCUAUGUGGCCAUCUGCAAACCCCUGCAUUACAUGAGCAUCAUGAACAGCAGAGUCUGCAGGAACCUCAUCCUCAGUUGUUGGGUAUCUGGCUUAUUGAUUAUCCUCCCAGCCUUUUGUUUGAGCCUUAAUCUGGAAUUCUGUGACUCUGUUAUUGACCAUUUUGUCUGUGACGCUUCUCCAAUACUGAAGAAUUCAUGUUCAGAUACAUGGUUCAUAGAGCAGCUGGCUAUAUUUUGCGCUGUGUUGACCCUCAUAAUGACUCUUGUUUGUGUGGUUUUAUCCUACAUAUACAUCAUUAAAACAGUUUUAAGAUUACCUUCUUCCCAGCAAAGGAAAAAAGCCUUUUCCACCUGUUCUUCCCACAUGAUUGUGGUUUCCAUCAGCUAUGGCAGCUGCAUUUUUAUGUAUAUCAACCCUUCAGCUAAAGAAGAGGUGUCUGUUAAUAAGGCUGUUUCUCUGCUUACUGUGUCUGUUGCCCCUUUGUUGAACCCCUUCAUUUAUACCCUGAGAAACAAACAAGUAAAGCAGGCUUUUCAUGAUAACCUCAAAAGACUUGCAUUCCUUUCAAAGGAAUAUUAG